ACCGCGGCGCGCUUGUCGCCACACACGUUCCUGCACGCGCGCAGUCAGUCCGAUGGUCUCUUCUGCAAAGAUGAGUUUCCCAAUUAAAUUCUGGACCUUGGUGGUGAACGCGCUAUGUUUACCUCUCCAUGUCAUCAGAGCGCUCGGUCUGUAUGGAGUCUACAAACGCAUCUUCCCGUUCUGUUUGAAACGCAUCUCGAUGUCUUACAACAAGAAGAUGCACGACAACAAAGCGGAGUUGUUUCGCAGCCUGUCAGCGUUCAAGAAACCCGGCGAACAGCUCAGAAUCCUGGAGAUUGGCUGCGGAACCGGGGCUAAUUUUGAGUUUUACCCUCCAGGCGCCAAGGUGGUCUGCACCGACCCGAACCCGUACUUCCGGAGAUUUCUGAAGGACAGCAUGAAGAAGAACAACCACCUCAACUACGAGCAAUUCGUGGUGGCUGUGGGGGAGGAUAUGGCGUCCGUGGGGGAUGAAUCGGUGGAUGUUGUUGUGUGCACGUUGGUGCUGUGCACGGUCAGAGACAUCCCCCAAACCCUGAGAGAGGCAAAGCGCAUUCUGAAGCCUGGUGGAGCCCUCUUCUUCCUGGAGCAUGUGGUUGCAAACCCCUCGACUUGGUCGUACUUCUUCCAGCACAUCCUCCAGCCCUUUUGGUUCUACUUUGGUGAUGGAUGUGAAGCCACCCGGGAAACAUGGAAACACUUGGAGGCAGCUGGGUUUUCUGAGCUCAAUCUGAGACACAUUGAAGCACCACUCAUCUUCAUCAUCAAACCUCACAUCAUCGGCUACGCUGUGAAAUAGAUUCAGUCUGAUUAGCUCUGCAAAAGCUAUAGAUGUACCAAGAUUUGUAUUCCUCUCUGUGCAUGUGAUAUGAUCACAAGUGUGUCAGCUUUUACCCUCAUGGACGUUUUUGUAUUGAAAUAAAGUGUCUGUGUUUUUUGUGAAAAUAAUUCUUCAGAAUUGUCACACAAAACAAAUUUUAUACGUUUGUAUUCCCUAUCAUGCACGAGUGCUAUAUCUAUAAAAGCUAACAUGAGAAAUUGCAUAUCGUGAUUUAAAGAUGAAGUAGUUUUUUAAUGUACACAUUUAACUGUACAUCUUAUUUUUACUGUGAUUAAAGGUCUUUCAGAAA